UCCCGCCGCCACCGAGCGCGCGCGCACGCAGCCGCCGCUCGCGCCGCUCCCCCCAGCACUCCGCGGCGGCGCGCGCGCCCGCCCUCGCGCCCGCCCUCGCGCCCGUUGCGCUUCGCAGGCGGCGGCGCUGGCAGGGACGGGCGCUGCGCGGGGCUCGCCGCGGCGCGCAGGGAGAAACUCAUCAAGAUGUCAUCCAUCAAACGUUUGGUUUAUGCAGUCAUCCAUUUCUUGAGAGAACAGAGUCAGAUGGAUACUUUCACUCCAGAUGAACAAGAAAGCUUGGAAGUUGCAAUUCAGUGUCUGGAGACUGUGUUUAAGAUUAACCUGGAAGAUACUCAUCUUGCACCUCCACAGCAUUUGAUAGAAAUGUUCACAAAUUCUUUUCAGAAGAAUGACAUGCUGCCUCUCUCAGAUCCUUUUCCAGAGGAUGUUCUAAAGGCUGACCAACUGAAGGAUGAAGGUAAUAAUCACAUGAAAGAAGAAAAUUAUGGUGCUGCAGUGGAUUGUUAUACUAGGGCUAUAGAACUGGAUCCAAACAAUGCAGUCUAUUACUGCAACAGGGCUGCUGCUCAAAGUAAGCUCAACAAUUACCGGGAAGCAAUAAAGGAUUGUGAGAGAGCUAUAGCUAUAGAUCCGAAGUACAGCAAAGCAUAUGGGAGAAUGGGGUUGGCUCUGACCUCAGUGAAUAAAUAUGAAGAAGCAGUUACCAGUUACCAAAAAGCACUGGACCUUGAUCCAGAGAACGACUCUUAUAAGUCAAACUUGAAAAUAGCAGAACAGAAACUAAGAGACAUGUCCAGUCCUACUGGAACUGGACUUAGUUUUGACAUGGCAAGCUUGAUAAACAAUCCUGCCUUCAUUAGUAUGGCAGCAAGCUUAAUGCAGAAUCCUCAAGUUCAACAAUUAAUGUCGGGGAUGAUGUCAAAUGCCAUUGGUGGCCCUGCUGCGGGUGUUGGUGGCCUGUCAGAUUUGUCCAGCCUGAUCCAUGCGGGGCAGCAGUUUGCACAGCAGAUACAGCAGCAAAAUCCUGAGCUCAUAGAGCAACUGAGAAAUCAUGUCCGGAGCAGAUCUUUUAGUGGCAGCACUGAAGAGCAUUCCUGACUUACAGAAGGCAUGUGAAUUGGAAUGGUAUAUAACCCCAAAAUGCAUACCAUAGUUAGUAGCAAAAGCACCAUUGUAACUCUUCUGCUUGAAUAGAAGACAGAAAAUUCUUUGUGCGUGUUUGCAAACGAGAAUAAAUCUGUUAAACAGAUCUAUUGCACAUAACUCAGAACAUAUCGUUUAUGUAUAGUUAACUCCUCUGAAAAUUAAUACACUAAAUAGGUGGUUUAUUGAAAUCUCUUUAAGUAAAAGUGAUUUUCAGUAUGUGCAUUAGAUUGAUCUCCAGGGCUACUGAGUGUGGAGUUUUGCAGUGGGUGAUCUUGCAUAACAGCUUGAUUCUAACAUCCUAGUGUAAAAGGCAUAGUAUUCUUAUGCUGAAAAUCUUUAUGGCUGUACUCCUUGUCAAAUAUUGAAACAAUAGGCCCAUCUGGUGUGCCCUUUCAUAAUGAGCAUCAAUCAGUGGUAGAGUAUAGAGUGUACUUAAAACUAAUGAUUAAAAAGUUUUUCUUUAAGCCUGUGGGAGGGGCUGUUGUUAGUAACAUGAAAUAAUACUCAACUUCAUUGGGCAGGAGGGAGGGAGAUGAUUGCAUUUGAAGGAGUACCACAAAUUGUAGAGAAAGAGGACACUAAUCCCAAGUAGGACAAUACAGAUAAACCAAAAUGGAACUUGGCUUGGGAAAGAGUAUUAAGAAGUUUUAGGCUUUUCUACUGCCAUGUAUACCCUCAAAUCAUGAUGGUAGCCCUGGAGGUCAGCAUUAUGGCACUAUUUUCCUAGGCAUGGCAAACUGUAUUACAUUCUGUAUGUAUGCAGUGUUUAACAUAAGCUUAAAAUUCUUAACUGUAAUAAGCUGAAACUCAUCCUAUGACUGUACAAAUAACUAGUACUGAAAAUUUAUCAGAAAAAUAACUGCCUUAGAAAGAAUGAUUCUCUUUCUAUUCUUGUGUGAUAAAUCACUGGCUUAAAUAAGGAACUUUUUUGUUUGUUUCAUUACACAUACCCAUUUUAAGUGAUGGUUAUAUGGUCAAGUUAAAGAUUUUUCCACUCUGGUAUUUCUGUUCCUAUCUAUAUACAUAUUUCUGUUCUGGUACAAGGCACAUUUGUUUUUACUCCAAGGAGGUUCUCAACACUCACACAUUUUUCUUGGUUUAUCAAAACUAAUUUGAGAAGCUUGCUUUGGUUUCUAAGACAAGGUGACCUCUCCUGGCCAGUUAGACUGGAGAAGGUACGUGGAGAAGUAACAAUAGACUGCCAAAUGGAGAAACACAUAGGAACUCCUGGACCUCCGACAUGAUAGCUGACUCAUCUUGUGGUCAAAAAAGAGCACCUCAGGUAGAAACAAUUGCAAAAAUUUGGGGAUAACUUAUGUACUUGACUCUAACAAAUGCUACUUGUGCACCUAUUAUAUUAGUCUUCCCCUACUAAAAAGGGGGAGCAAUGUUGGAGGAAUGCAGCUGGAUCAAGAAAAAAUGAAAACUGAAGAAAACACAAAAAGAAAAAAUCUGUAUUACCAUCUGUUGAAUAAAGACAUAAAGCUUAAUAGAGCAACUCAAACAACUGUAAGACAUUUCAUACUUUAUUCAAUAGAGCUUGCCUACACACAGCAUUAAAAUACUUUUUAAAAUUCUCUAUGUAAGUUGAUGUAGCUGCCUUUUUGAAGGCUGUAGAGAUACUUAAGCUUUACAUUAAAUGCAUUUCCAAGCAACAGCUUCUGGCAACAUGUGAGGAAAAAGAAAAAAAAUCUUAACAGGCUUUUUUUUUUUCAGAGGUAGUUCAGAUCCUGAAUCUAAUCUGUUUAAGAGAACUGCUACUUAUGUUCAGUUACAUUUAUUAGGACAGGAUAUGAUUUACAAGAAAAGUCUAUGGAGACUGUAGGUGGGAUACAACUACUGUACUAACAUUGCUUGGAGUAGUGUGUUGUGUCAGGAGAGAAGCACUGCUCCUAGCAUAUCGCCUGUUAAGCUUCACGGUUCCCCUUAGUUCUAUUUAACACUUUCAACUGCUCAAAGUGAGCUUUACUAACUUUGAUAAGGGGAACCAAUAAAUGCAGAGUAGACUGGACAGCAUUGCAGUCUCUGUCACUGAACUUAUCCCUACUUUGUGAGAGCAAUCUUCAAGCGGUCAGUUGCUCUUCUACUUUAAGAUGAAAAGAGUGUGAAGACCCUCUUGAGAGUUCCUUGAGAACUACAAAAUAUGGUAAUAUUCAAAGACUGGCUGUAGAAGCUGUACUGUCAAGUACAAGCGCUAUAGCUUACUGGAUUUAUGGGAUAACUAUCCCCAAGGUUAAAUGGAUGGAAAGCAUUGGUUAGUUAUCUGAAAACUGCUACUGAAAUCAAUGUUAUAGAGUGAUAACUUUCAUUUCAUGUGCUACAAUAUUGUCAUGUUCAGGUUUUAUUCCGGUACAGAUAAUAUGUAACCAGAGUAUUUAUUAAAACAUUGAUGGCAUUAGCUAACCAAUGUGCUGCAACUGGCACAAUACUUACCUUGUAAACAUUCUUUGUUUCUUGUAUAUUGACAGAAAGGGCUUUAUUGCCGAAAUAGAAAACAGUGAAACCAAUAACAGGAGCUGUCAUUACAUGCUUUUCCAUUUAAUUCAGGAACAGAGGGAUCAUUUAUGCUUAAGUCUAUUUUGCCUUGAAUAAGCUAAAUUUUUUCUCAGUCAUGCAAUAUGUCUUAAUCACAGGGUAAGGAAGGAAUCUUUUCCUGUGUAAUAACUGCACUUUGUUUUGCACUAAAAUUUUUCAUCCUGCUAGUUCAAAUGGUAAACAACAAACUCCCUAAUUUAUUUUAUUUUAAGGUCAAUUGCCGUUUAUCAUUCAACUGAACAAACAGGCAUUUAACACCUCAUUAGUUUUGUGUUAUCACUGUGCCAUCAGCAUAUAAGUGUGAUAAUUGUUAGAGAAGAAAAUGUUUUGCACUUAAAUUAUAAACUCUUGUAACCUACUUGCAUGGAAAUAUAUUCUUCUAACUAUGCCUGAUCGUAAAAACACCUAAUGGAAUAUUUGGCUUAGAAAUUGUUUCAGUUGAACUUUUCGUUUUGUAACAAGUACAAAGUAAAAUCAUUAAUGCAUACUGUGAAAGAACUAAGUCUGUGGCUUUGGAUUCAUACACUGUUACAAGGCUACAGAAAGUCAUACUGGCAAAAUGCAACUUGUCUACUAUUUCUGUAUCUCUCCUACCUCUUAACUAACAUGGUUACAUCUCCUUCAACUUGUGUCAGUUUAACUUGAAAAUAGAUUAUAAAUAAAGUUAUUUCCAUUUUUUUGUGUGGA